CCGCCGCCUGAUUCGGUGCCGGAGACGGAGCAGGCCGCCGCCGGAGACGCUGUUUACAUCACGGUGAAAGAUGAUGGCAAGGGGUCUGGGGCUGACGUGGCGGAAGCAAAGGAGGAGGAUGAGGCCGCCGCCGGGGACGCUGUCGUCAUCGCUGUGAAAGACGACGGCGAGGGCGUUGGGAAGGGGUCUAGGGCUGACGUGGCGGGAUCGAAGGAGGAGGAUGAGAAAGUUUGUAGGAUUUGUCACCUGAGUCCAGAUCGGACGGUGCCGGAGGAGGGAUCGGAGUUGGUUAUGAUCGGAUGCGGGUGCAAGAACGAGCUUGGGACUGCGCAUCGCCAAUGUGCUGAAACUUGGUUCCGACUGAAAGGGAACAGGUGUUGCGAAAUAUGCGGUUUAAAUGCCAAAAACAUAGCUGGUAAUGAAGAUGAAAGCUUCAUCGAGGAAUGGCACGAUGACGCAGCUCAGAGCAGCGCCGGGCACAGGAACUCAACUGAGAGGGUCAGUUGUUGGAGGGGACAGCCAUUCUGUAACUUCUUGAUGGCAUGCUUGCAUAGAAAGAGGUCGAAAUUGCAUACCGAAGUAUUUUCACAACAUACCUUCAGUGUAGAGUGAGUUUUGGUGACAGUAGUAAUCUCUUGCACAGUCUGCAUACAAGAGGGUAAAUUAAGUAGGUGCCGGUCUCCCGUAGCAUACUUGUACAUGGUAAAUACUAAUUGAGUUGUUGGAUAAGAUAUUCAGAUUGGUUUCUGUUAUUUAUUUUUUUAAUAAUAGAUUAUCAGAUUUCAGAAUUGCCAAUAUUUUGUUUUAAUUCAGGAAUAGAUGAGUAAUUUUUAUUCA